AUGGCACUUUUAAGGAUUUUAAAUGACCUCCUUUUAUCAGUUGACUCUGGGAACUCUGCUGUCCUGGUCCUUCUGGAUCUGACAGCUGCCUUUGACACAGUGGAUCACAACAUCCUCCUGUCUCGCAUAAACACCUGUGUGGGCAUUAAGGAGGCGGGGCCCAGUGGUGGAGGUUUGGCACACCUGUUUCUAAUCACACUCAUCAACUGCAUUUCGCCUACUCCACCCGCUGCUGCCCUGCCUCUGAUCCCUGGAUCCAGCUCCCUGUGCACUGCCUUCCCGUUUUGGACCUUCCCUGGAACCCUCACCCUAGACCCAGCCACUGCUCUCCCUCACUUCCCCAUUACUUUAUCAUUAAACCCUGCCUUUGAGUUUGCCCCUAAUGGCUGGGGAGUGACUUACACUUCUACUAAGAUCUGUGCCUUAAAAGGAUCAACAGUGGUCAUACACUCCACCUACAGAUACCCAUCCAGGAUAAAUAAUGUUGAUACUGCAGUUGGUGAAACAUUCUGGUAUAUUGAUCUGAGUAAUAAAGAAUCUGUGGAUCUGAGAACAGACUCAGAGUACGCAGGUCGUGUGCAGCAUCACUGCGAUAAGACCGACUGCACUCUGAGAAUCACAGACCUGAGAGAGAGAGACUCAGCUCAGUACAAGUUCAGGUUCAUAACAAACCAACCAGGAGGGAAAUAUACUGGUUCACCUGGAGUCACUUUGACUGUCACAGAUCUCCAGGUGAAGGUGAUCCCAUCAACAAUCAAUCUUUCCUCAGCAGAGCUGAAGUGUCACAGCAGCUGUCGUCUACCUGAUCCUUCUUCCUUCAUCUGGUACAAGAAUGGAAAGAAUAUUAGUGGAGAAACAUCGUCUUCUCAUUUAACCAAAUUCUAUCAUGUAGACAGCUAUUCCUGUGCUGUUACAGGAUAUGAGGAUUUCCACUCUCCUCCAGUUUAUGCUCCAAAGCUUCCCUCUGUGUCAGUGAGUCCCCCUGCUGAAAUCAUUAAGGGCAGUUCAGUGAAUCUGACCUGUAGCAGUGAUGCUAACCCAGCAGUUAAAUACACCUGGUACAAGAAGAAUGUAAAUCCAGACCUUCAACCUCUCAGUAAAGAACCACAGCUUGUCUUCAGCUCCAUCCAGUCCUCUAACUCUGGAGAGUAUUACUGUACAGCUGAGAACCAGCUGGGGAAGAAGACAUCUGAAUACAUCUUUAUUGAUGUGAAAUAUGCUCCAAAGCUUCCCUCUGUGUCAGUGAGUCCCUCUGCUGAGAUAGUGGAGGGCAGUUCAGUGACUCUGACCUGUAGCAGUGAUGCUAACCCAGCAGCUAAUUACACCUGGUACAAGGAGAACCAAACACUGUUUCAUGGACCAGAAGGAGUAUAUGAAUUCACCUCCAUCAGCUCUGAGGACAGAGCGAUGUACUACUGCAAGUCUGAGAAUCAAUAUGGACAGAUCAACUCAUCGUCUCUCUUCAUAGAUGUCCUGUAUGGUCCAAAGCUUCUCUCUGUGUCAGUGAGUCCAUCUGGUGAAAUCAUUGAGGGCAGUUCAGUGACUCUGACCUGUAGCAGUGAUGCUAACCCAGCAGCUAAAUACACCUGGUACAAGAAGAAUGUAAAUCCAGACCUUCAACCUCUCAGUAAAGAACCACAGCUUGUCUUCAGCUCCAUCCAGUCCUCUGACUUUGGAGAGUAUUACUGUACAACUGAGAACCAGCUGGGGAAGAAGACAUCUGAAUACAUUAUUGAUGUGAAAUAUGCUCCAAAGCUUCCCUCUGUGUCAGUGAGUCCCUCUGCUGAGAUAGUGGAGGGCAGUUCAGUGAAUCUGACCUGUAGCAGUGAUGCUAACCCAGCAGCUAAUUACACCUGGUACAAGGAGAAUGACGACUCACCAAAAGCAUCAGGACAGAUCUUCACCAUCACUGAUGUCAGACCUGAACACAGUGGGAAUUAUUACUGUGAAGCCCAGAACAGAAGAGGACGUCAUAACUCCACCUUACAUCUGACUGUUGUGAAAGAAACAGGAAAAUCAAUCAUUGCUGGAGUAACAACUGCUGUUCUCCUGCUUAUCAUAAUCCUCUCUGUCUUCCUAUGGAUGAGGAAAAAGAGAGUCUCCAAUCAAUCGUCUGAGGCUGAGGAGAGACCAGACGACAGAGAGAGGGAGGUGCAAGAUAACCCUCUGUAUGACAGCGUGCAGUUCUCCAACAACCAGGCAGAUCCUUUCUACUCAGAGGUGGACAAAGUACACAACUUCACUACUUGA